AUGCUUGUGCGCGCCCAAUGCCCAAAACCGUCACGUCAGUCAAAAUUUUGUGUACACCGACAGUGGGGAGCCCCUGCCGUCUGCUGUGAGUCAACCAUUCACGCUGGAUCCAAUUCAGUUCAACAACCUCCGGGAAACACCAUCAACGUCAAGAAUCAGAACAUCGUGAUCAUGGCGUCAGGCACUCCGAACAACGUGCUGCCGGACCCGACGGCUGACCUGCACUGGGGCGCCUUUCGUGGAGCCAUCCACCAGAUCUUUGCCGCCAAUGCUCAGGAUCACCCUGACCGCCCCUGUGUCGUUGAGACCAAGGGACCAAGGAAUCCGGAACGCGUCUUCACGUACAAGCAAAUCAAUGAGGCAUCCAACCAAUUGGCGCAUUACUUCAUCGCCAAUGGCUGCGAGCGGGGUGAUGUAGCUAUGAUCUAUGCCCACCGUGGUGUUGAGCUCGUCGUGGCAUACAUGGGAGCCCUGAAAGCUGGUGCAACUGUCAGUGUCCUGGACCCGCAGUACCCUCCUGAUCGCCAGAAGGUUCUUCUAGAGGUGGCCAACCCGCGUCUUCUCGUCCACAUCCAGCGAGCCACCGAAGAGGCCGGCAAGCUGGCCGACACGGUCGUCGAGUUUGUAGAGAAGCAUCUCAACCUCAAGGCUGAGGUCCCGGCUCUCAAGUUGCUGGAUGAUGGCUCACUUUCUGGAGGCCUUAUCAACGAUCAAGAUUGUCUCAAGGAGUCGGAGUCACUCAAGGCAACUCUGCCCGAUGUCCUCAUUGGACCAGACUCCAUUCCCACCCUCAGCUUCACGAGCGGCUCAGAGGGAAAGCCCAAGGGUGUCCAAGGCCGCCACUACUCUCUCACAUACUACACUCCCUGGAUGGCUCAACGAUUUGGUCUGUCCAAGGAUGACAGGUUCACCAUGCUGUCAGGCAUCGCACAUGACCCCAUUCAACGUGACAUUUUUACGCCCCUGUUCCUAGGAGCCCGCAUCAUGGUUCCCCCUCGCGACAGCAUCGCCCACGAACUCCUGGCUGAGUGGAUGAAGGACAACCAGAUUACCGUCACCCAUCUGACGCCUGCCAUGGGUCAGAUUCUUGUCGGUGGUGCUACGACGCAAUUCCCCACUCUCCACCAUGCCUUCUUCGUUGGCGAUCUUUUGACCAAGAAGGACAGCCGAAGGCUACAAGAGCUUGCGCCCAACGCUUUCAUCACAAACAUGUACGGCACGACCGAGACUCAGCGAGCUGUUUCCUACUUUGAGAUCCCUAGCAAGGCCAGCCAGGAAAACGCUCUGGACGAACUUCCCGACGUCAUUCCCGUCGGACAGGGCAUGCUCGACGUUCAGCUUCUCGUCGUUGACCGUGACAACUCCAACCGCGUAUGUGACGUCGGCGAGCAAGGCGAGCUGUUCCUCCGUGCUGCUGGCAUGGCAGAGGGCUAUCUCGGCACGGACGAGCUGUCGAAUAAGCUCAAUGCUACCAAGUUCCUGAACAACUGGUUCGUCGACAACCAGAAAUGGGUCGACGAGUACAAACAAGCCGCGGCUGCCGACCCCAAGCCCUGGAUGGAGCUUUACAAGGGCCCCCGUGAUCGCAUCUACAGAACUGGUGAUCUGGGCCGCUUCCGCCCAGACGGUACUGUUGAGUGCACUGGUCGGGUCGAUAACCAAGUCAAGAUUCGAGGCUUCCGCAUCGAGCUCGGUGAAAUUGAUGCUCAUCUUUCACACCAUCCGUUUGUGCGCGAAAAUGUCACCCUCGUCAGGAGAGACGAGGGCGAGGAACCGACGCUGGUCAGCUAUAUCGUCCCUGAAGCCAAACGUUGGUUCCAGCACAUCACCGGCGACGGCGCGGCGGGCGAAGGUGCCGAUGAGUCGAUGGCUGCGAUGUUGAAAAGAUUCAAGUCGCUGUCGGAGGACUGCAAGGCUUUCCUGAAGACCAAGGUCGCAUCCUAUGCCGUUCCCACCAUGUUCAUUCCGCUCGUUCGAAUGCCCUUGAAUCCCAAUGGCAAGAUCGACAAGCCCGCCCUGCCUUUCCCCACCGCUGGAGACCUCGCUCACCUCAACAGGAGAGGCUCGAGAACUUCCGCGUUGGCCUCUCUGAGUGACACCCAGAAGAAGGUCGCUGCGGUCUGGGCUCAGGUCCUCCCCAACAGGACUGCGCGCAUGUUCGUGCCGGAGUCCAACUUUUUCGAGGAGGGUGGCCACUCCAUUUUGGCCCAGCAAAUGCUUUUCAACGUCCGUAAGGAGUGGAAGGAUAUCGAUGUGCCAAUGAGCGCUAUCUUCCAGUCACAGACUUUGGCUGCCUUUGCUGCCGAGAUUGAUCGUGCUCAAGAUCCCACUGGUCUGCGUCUCGACGUUGAGGAUUUGACCAACACGAGCUAUGUUCAAGACGAGGCGUACGCUGCAGACGCCACCGAACUGGUGCAGCAGCUCCCUCAGUCGAUUCCCAGCGCUGGCUCCAUCGACCCCAAGAACUUCACUGCGUUCAUGACGGGUGCUACUGGUUUCCUUGGCUCAUACAUCCUUCGCGAGCUCCUGCAGAAGGGCGCUCGCGUCAUCGCUCACGUGCGGUCUUCCGAUGCCGCCGCUGGCCUGGCUCGUAUCGAGUCCUCCACCAAAGCUUAUGGCCUCUGGUCUGAGGAUUGGAGGUCGCGUCUGUCGGCCGUGACUGGCGAUAUUUCUAAGCCCCAGCUUGGUCUGUCCCGCGUUGACUGGGCUAAGGUGGCCAGCGAGGCCGACGUCAUCAUUCACAACGGCGCGCAAGUCAACUGGAUGCUUCCAUACUCUAGUCUGCGCAAGGCAAACGUGAUCAGCACCAUGGACUGCAUCGCGCUGUGCGCUGACUCAAAGCCCAAGCAACUGGCUUUCGUCAGCUCCACCUCGACCAUUGACACUGACCACUAUGUCAACCUCUCGAAGGAGAGCGUUGCUGCUGGCGGCAAGGGCCCACCCGAGACGGAUGACCUUGACGGCAGCCGUAAGGGCCUAGGCACUGGUUACGGCCAGUCCAAGUGGGCAAGCGAGUACGUCCUUCGUGAUGCCGGCCGCCGCGGUCUUACCGGUGCCAUUAUUCGUCCUGGCUACAUCAUGGGUGAUCCCAAGUCUGGCAUCAGCAUCACUGAUGACUUCCUUGUCCGUCUUUGGAAGGGCUGCCUCCAGGUCGGCGCCCGUCCUGAUAUCAACAACACAGUCAAUCAGGUUCCUGUUACGCAAGUUGGCCGCAUUGUCGUCGCCGCGGCUCUUCACCCUCCUACGACGCCACUCGGUGUCGUCCAGAUCACGAGCCACCCGCGGCUCACGCAAAACGAGUGGGUCGGCACCCUUGAGACGUACGGCUACAACAUCCCCAAGGUACCCUAUCCUGAGUGGAGCGACAAGUUGCGUGCCUACGUCGGCGAUGACACCAAGGAAGAGCACGCCCUGUUGCCUCUAUUCCACCUCGUAACGGGCAAUCUACCUGCCGACUCGGUCGCGCCUGAGCUGGACGACAGCAACGCGGCCGCCGUGCUCAAGGCAUCGGGUGCCACAGAGGAGGACCCUCUCGCUGCCGGUGCUGUGACCACGGAUGCCAUUGGCAUGUACCUGGCCUAUCUUGUCGCGAUCGGAUUCUUGCCUCCCCCGCCCACGGCCGGACAACGUGCAUUGCCCAAGUGUGAGAUCGCCGCCGAGAGGCUGGCGGCGCUGACCGGAAGCGGUCGUGGUGUCAAGGCCACGUAG